AUGCCCGUCACUCUCGAUCCCACAACCGUUCCACACAUCUUCGAGGCCAUUCUGAUAUACUUGACCGGCCUCGAAGACCACAAGCAGACAAUCUACAAUGCUCGAGAGGUGUCAAGGAGCAUGCGUGAGGCCGUCGACCGACUGCCUCUUCCCAACCUCAGCCUCAGCACAUUAUCAGCUGGCCUUGGCAUUGUCGAGGUACUGUGCUCAGCAGAUGCGCUCAACGAGGGGCCAUCCAUGCCCCUUCCCGCCUUUAGCGAUAUCAGUGAGUUACCCAGCCGUCGCUUUUGGGCUGACGCCGCUGCAGGGACACCCAUGACCAAGUCCCAGACGAUCGUCUUGAGCAAGGCUAAGAAGGUGACCAUCGAAGAUAAGAUCUUGGGCCACCGCGACAUCAGACCUCUGGCAGCAAGCCUUUCCCCGGACUGCUCCAUAGUUUUGACACACGGCUCGCAGAUCUUGACGAUGGACACCGAGGUUCGCCUGCCGGCUGCGAAGACCCUUGAGGUCGUCUUCAACGGCUGCAUCUGCCGCCAACCUCAAGAAACGACCAUCACGCACCAGUUCACGAGUGUCACCAUCCGGAUGCAGUACAUGCGUUGGAAGCUCUGUCGUUGGAACCAGGACUACGAUGGAAGUUGCCCAUUCUGGGAGAUGGUGCUUCAGCCUCAGGUGACGCACCUUGAAAUCUUGGUCGAGUACCCCGUUGCAAGCCGACAGCUGGUGCGUGUGAUCCGCAGUGCUCUCAAGCUCGGCGGGCACCAGACAAACCCCGACCUUCAAGUCGUCUGCACCCCAUACUAUAUACAGAACGAGUUGAUCAAGGAGAAGACUCAGACUGGACUUGCAGACGCUCUACGCAUCCCAAAAGCGCAAGUCACAAUCAACCCGUCAAAGUCGUCGUGGCGCGAGGACCAGUGGUUCUCCGCCGUCUACGGUUCAAUGUAA